AGGAAAAAUGGUGCUGUCCGGAAGUGACCUCACCAUCUACCAGAGUCACUUCCGAUUUCACCGGAAGUAGCUGACCGGUAACUCCGCGGGUUCUGGAGGGCGAGGUGACCCCGGUGCUGCCGUGACCAUGGGCCGCCAGUUCGGGCAUCUGACGCGGAUGCGGCAUGUGAUCACCUACAGCUUGUCUCCGUUCGAGCAGCGCGCCUUCCCGCACUACUUCAGCAAGGGCAUCCCCAACGUGCUGCGCCGCAUGCGGGCUUCGGCUCUCCGCGUCGUGCCGCCUUUUGUGGCAGCUUACCUUAUCUACACGUGGGGGACCCAGGAGUUUGAAAAAUCCAGGAGGAAGAAUCCAGCUGACUAUGAAAAUGAUAUGUGAACAGCUCACUUGGAAAGUGGUUUUCAGUCUCCAGAAGACCCUUCUCUGGGAGAAAAGCCUACAUGCUAAUGUCUUAAAGACAAAAUAAAUGUGUGAUGGUCUA